UGGCAAGAGCCCCCCCCCUUUCUCAGCCAUUCUUCCCUAUUCCGAUUGGCUAGCAGCUCUCCUCCAGCAGGGCCAAUCCCAGGGGCACACACAAGGUUCCCAUAGCAACCUGUAAACACAGAUCAUCUUUCUCACAGCAGCGUGUGUACCGCUUUGCCCAGGGUGUUUUGUGGCACCUACCUCCUCGACUUUAAGGCUAGCGAAGUGGCCUACUUCAAAGUAAUCCAAAAUGUUCAACCUAAGGACUAGCAUGAGUGGCAGACAAUACAGCCCUGGGGUGCUGGUUGGCAACUGGAACGAAGAUGUGUGUCUGGAAGAGGAACUCCUAAAAGACUUCUUAUGUAAAAGAGAAAGAGGGGAGCUUCUAAUCCAGAAAUCAAAGAAACUGAAAGAGAACCUUUACAAGAAGGAGCAGCUCUCCAUUUCAACAGACGGAUUUAUUCACUUUGGAGAUACGGUUAUGCUGGUGAGCCCAGAUAACAACAAGUCACCUGACAAGGAACCUACCAUGAGUGGGAAUCUAUCUCUGGCUGUUAAUCCCAAGGAAACAGACAUACUCUUAGAGAAUGAACUGAAAGCUCCCUGUGAUAUGAGCGCAAUCAGCAGCGUGACCCCAAUUGGCCGGAAUGCGUUCCGGAUUUUAAGCAUUGAAGGUGAAUGCAUGGGAGAGCCACUUAGAUUUGGGCAGAAUUUUGGUCUUGGAGCAUCUGGAGGGUUUCCAGAGAAGAUGCUAUUUAUUGCGAGUGACCACAGAAGUUUUCAGAACAUGACAAAGAAAUCCUCCCUCCAGCCUGUGUUCUUGACUGAUGAACUUACCUACUUGUGUUCUUGGCAAGCUACCUAUCUCGACCCACAGUUACGCAUGGAAUAUGAAGGGUUCCCAGUUCCUGCAAAUACAAAGAUCCUCAUUGUCCACAGUCAUACAAAUCAGGCCUUGGCAGUUCCUCGGAUCUUCUGGAUAAGGACAUACUUUGGAAAGGAAUUUGAGGUAAACUGCCACACAUACCUGGAUACACACAGAGCUGAAGAAGACAAGAAUUACUGGGUCGUAGUUACCGGGAAUCCGAGCGACAAAUCAACCACGAUGUUUGAUAGGCCGAAGCCUCCGUCGGACGCGGACAGAGUGCAAAACAGCGAAAUCCCCAAAGUGAUAUGCCCCUGCUAAAGCCCAUGCUUUAAAAAGGAAAUAAAAAAAUGUCCUUUUUUGUGCUCAUGUAAACAGAAAGCGAGAGAGAGCGUGAGAGCUGAAGAUGUAAACUGGCAGCAGAGCACAAAGCAUGCUUUGCUAUUUUUUCAUUCAAGCUGAACAGAUAGGUGAGGAUAUAUUCAAACAGCAAUGGAAAUAUAAUAUUAUUCUAUCCUGUAAAAAAUAAAUAAAAAAUCCAGAAUACAAUAUCAGUACAACAAA